GUCGCGCGACGUAACUCGGUACUCGCUGAUUGGCGCGGCACAUAGAGAAUUUCUAGAGUUCCUCACUCGGAUCGAGAGAGAUCGUUCUCGAUCAAACGACAAAUAAGAGAGAAAAGCGGAUUCUAAAGUUGGUGAUGAUUGCGACGUCGAAUCACGAGAUGGUGCUGAAAGUUGCGCAUGCAAAUGCCAUCUGACGCUUAUUUGGUUAAGUCAUCAGAAUUUAUUUUUGCAAGAUCUUGUGUGUAACUUUGUUCGAAAAAAAAUAAUUUAUUGCCGCGAUCAGGUGUCGUCGAACGAUAUCCAAAAAAUGCGACUCGGCAAGAAACACGCUGAACUAGCUACAAAGUGGCUCCCAAGUGCAAUCACCUAUGGGACCGCAUCGUCACUGACAUUGUUGUAUUUCACAGACUGGAAGACAGUGUUGCAAUAUGUUCCUUUUUAUAGUGGAAAAUUUGAGGAAAAUUAGAUCACAAAAGUGUCAGAGACCAUCUCUCUGCGGUAGCAGUUAUGUAACAAUUCUAUUGAGCUGAUAUUACAUUACUUGCAUUCUGUUUUAUCAUUACAAUGUUUAUUUAAAUAAAAAUAUGAAUAAAGA